AGCGGAGACGGAGAAGAUCUUUCCUUCUCAACUUUACCGAAUUUUGACCCCCAUCCACCUCCCCCUGUUCCCUUAUCGAAUCCCCGUGGUGCUGAUAAGUACAAUCAUUGCUUACACCAUGGCGGACGGUAUGGAGUAUCUCGCUCCUGAUUUUGACCUUAAUACCCUCACCGUACCGCGUCUGCGAUCCAUCCUGGUCAGCCACGAUGUUCCUUACCCAGCUUCGGCCAAAAAGGCACAGCUUAUCGGUAUCCUGGAGGCGGAAGUUCUACCGCAGGCAAGAAAGCUGCUGAGGGAGCGCGAAAGGGUUAGAAGAACUAGCGAAGGCAUCACUGAUAUGGGAAGUCGCGCGACGUCAGUGGUUAGCGACUAUGAUGAACAACGCGACGUCCCAACAAGGGAUUCGAUGCCACCCCCACCAACACCAUCUUCGGUGUCGACGGCCACUGGAGGAAGAAGAGGACGCUCUAGGGCAAGUGUUAGAGCAUCAACAGCUGACACUGAGGAAAGAAAUGCUACGGCUACGCCAUCCGUGAACUCUAGGAAGUCAGUCCCCAGGUCGCAGUCGAGACGCUACCGCGCAUCGGACCCCGAAUCGCACGAAAACCUGUUGGCUACACCUGUAGCGACAGACACCACUACCCCCCGGAAGUCUACGACUAGAAAGGUUCGACGAAGCGAAAUGACCCCAUCGGUGAACCCGGAGCCUCCCUUUUCUGCCAUCAAAUUGGAGCCCAAGGAGGAGAGUGUUUUCACAGACGACAACCCAUUCCAAAGUGGCUCGCCAGCCCGUUGGGAUCACAAGAGCCCCAGGCCCUCUAGUCAUAGAUCGGAGAGGAAAAGUAGUUCGCGGUUUUCCCUCGACUCUCCCGCCUUCAGCAACAGCCUGCGGUCAAGGAAAUCCGCGACGCCGAUGGAUAUGCAUGAUCAAUAUGGUGCCACUCCAUCGAAGCGGUCGUCGCUUGAAUUCCCAUCCUCGAACUUUGGGACCCCACAGAAGGACUUUGUGCCUAUCAAAUACGAGGAUGAAGAGAGUGAAUUCAGUGGAGGCGAAGAAUUCACACCAGACGAGCAAUUGGCGCUUGAGAGGGAGCAUGCGGACUUGAUGUACAGUGCCCCAAGUCGGCGGCCACAGAAACAGGGUACUGCAAGUAGAGCUGCUCCCUGGGUUAUCCUGAUUAUCCUCUUUGCUAGCUUCGGUGCCUGGUGGCGCAAAGAAAAGAUUGAGAUCGGGUUUUGCGGAAUUGGUAAACCUACUUGGUCCUUAGCAGAAACCCGAGUCCCCGAGUGGGCCAACGUCAUCGAACCCCAAUGCGAGCCAUGCCCUCCGCAUGCAUUCUGCUACCCCAACUUUGAGGCUCGCUGUGAGCACGACUUUUUACUCAAGGCUCAUCCGCUAUCCCUUGGAGGCUUGGUUCCGCUCCCGCCGACAUGUGAGCCAGACAGCGAGAAAGCGCGUCGGGUGAAGGCUGUCGCUGACAAGGCCCUGGAGGCGCUGCGGGAUCGAAGGGCCAAGUGGGAGUGUGGAGAGCUCGCACGAGAUGGUCAAGAGGCGGCCGGUGCGGAAAUCAGCGAGUUUGACUUGAAGCAAGAAGUCGGGAGACAACGUCGGAAAGGUAUGAGUGACACCGAGUUCGACGACCUUUGGAAAGGAGCACUGGGCGAAGUGGUUGGAAGGGAGGAGGUUGUGACCAAAGUGAAGCAACCAUCUUCUGUCCUCACCCUCACCUCGACCUCUGUCAGCCGACUCCCCCUCACAUGCGCCUUCCGCCGCAACAUCCGACUCUCUCUCGUCGCGUAUCGACUCCCUCUUUCAGUUCUAGUCGCCUGCGCAUCCGCCUUGCUUUACGCACGCUCAAGGGUUCGGGCUCGUCGUUCUGACAGGGCCCGAGUCCCCGAACUAGUUGCUACAACGCUCGAUCGCCUAGCCACGCAGGCUGCCCUUCACGCCCGUGGUGCUGCUCGCGAGCCCUACAUUCCCAUUGGUCAAUUGCGCGAUGACGUCCUCCGUUCCGAGCUGCGCGGCAGUCGGCGGGAGGAACUGUGGAAGCGCGUCCGCAGCGUGGUGGAAGGCAAUGCCAAUGUCCGGGCCUCAGUUCGCGAGGGCCGGGGUGGGGACGUUGCCCGUGUUUGGGAGUGGAUUGGAGGGAUAGGCAGUGUCCGAGGCGAGGUUGAGAGCGGCGCCACGGCCGGCCGUGAAGGCAGCAAGGUGCAUUUCUCGCCUCUGCCCGUCGAGCAAAGCCGUGACCCAUCUAUUGGAGACAGUGCGCUGGCCCGGAGCCCGGCAGAAUCGCGCAAGUGGGACGAGGGCAGGCCCAUCUAUUGAGGCCCUCGCUAGCCGCCGGGACCCUGUUCGCUUCAUGUGUUAACCCCUUUCUUGGAGUAAUAUUUUUGCCCUCUACAUUAU